CUGGCAUUGCCCGGCACUGAAUGGCAUUUGCUUCCCCUAAGUAUGUUUGUAUAUGUGAGUGUAGAGGAAGAUGCGAGCAAUAGUGUAAUGUAUAGCGCUGAGGUGCUUUGUUGUGUCAGUCUCCCUGGAGAUACACUUGCAGCUCACGCUACACGAGCACAGGAGCCAAUCACGGGUCUCGGAGGGAGAAAGAGGCGGGGACACAACUCAGGGUGCUGUGGGAAUGGGCACAGUGGAUAGGGCACGCUAUGGGCACACAGAGCAAGGAAGGAAACAUAUAGGGAACUUGCACAGACCUCACAGGUUAGGGGUGUGAGGGCGGGGCCAAGAAAGAAAUCAGGUGGGCAAGGCCACUAAUAGAGAGAGGUGGCUGUGGGAUGGAUCACCUCCCAGGAUGCGUUCUAUGGAUGUGACCAUGUAAAUAGGACUUGUGGCUGUGGGCGGGACCAUCUGGCAAGUUGAGGGGUGUGUGGGCGGGAUCGAUUGACGGGAUAGCGGUGUGUGGCCUCCGGAGGGAACAUCUGAGAAGGGGGGGGGGGACUGGGCUGCUCCCGGGACAUGCAGGAUGGACGGGCGCUUCCACCGGGCCGCCAGGGAUGGAUUCCUGGACCUGCUAAAAGAGGCGACUCGGAGGGAUCUGAACUCGCCGGACGAGGAUGGCAUGACCCCGACUCUAUGGGCGGCCUAUCAUGGGCACCUGGGGGCACUGCGGGUCAUCGUGAGCCGGGGGGGGGAUCCAGAUAAAGGCGAUAUUUGGGGGAACACUCCUCUGCACGUGGCUGCUGCCAAUGGACAUUUAAACUGCCUUUCCUUCCUGGUGUCUUUUGGAGCCAACAUCUGGUGUUUGGACAAUGACUACCAUACUCCACUGGACAUGGCAGCUACAAAGGGUCACAUGGAGUGUGUCCGCUAUUUGGACUCAAUCGCGGCCAAGCAAACCGGCCUCAACCCUAAAUUGGUGAGUAAGUUAAAGGAACGGGCCUUCAGGGAGGCUGAGAAGCGGAUCCGCGAUUGCGCCAAGCUGCAGCGCAAGCACCAUGAACGUAUGGAACGCCGAUAUCGAAGGGACAUGUCUGACCAUUCAGACACCAUGAGCUUCUCCAGCUUCUCAAGCUCAGUGAGCCAGCGUUACCCCAGUGCCACAAUGCUUUCCACCAUGCCAUAUUCUCAUGCUGCGGGCACCACCAAAGGCAAGACAAAGAUACAGAAGAAACUAGAGAAAAGGAAACAGACAGAUGGAAUGUUCAAGAUCUAUGAAGAUGGCAGAAAGAGUGUGCGCUCACUCUCAGGGCUGCAGCUUGGUAAUGAUGUUAUGUUUGUCAAGCAGGGCACAUAUGCCAGCCCCAGGGAGAGAGGGCGCCAAUACCUCCGGGACGUGUUCUUGCCAGAGGAAGACUCCCUCUCCCGAGCCAUUAGUGAUCCUGGACUUCAUGGAGGUGAUUCUGCUCAUUCAGAAGUCAGCACAGACUCUGGACAUGAUUCUCUGUUUACCAGACCGGGUCUUGGUACUAUGGUGUUUAGAAGGAACUAUCUGAGCAGUGGCCUGUUUGGGAUGGGGAGAGACGAGGGGAAUGGACUUCAAACUGGGGUGGGUGAGGAAGUUAAAUUGCGCAGCCGAUUAAAGCGAUCACCAAGCCUGGAUGACAGUAUUGGCAGUGCAGGGAGUCUGGUGGUUAGAAAUGAGCGGGAGUUGCACUGGGAGGAAGAGGAAUUGAGGCUGGAUGAUGAUGAAGACCCAGAUACCAGCCCACUGGAGACUUUCCUGGCCUCUCUUCAGAUGUUUGACCUGGUUUGUGUAUUACAGGAUGAGAAGAUUGAUCUAGCAGCCCUUACUCUGUGCUCUGACCAUGACCUGAAGAGCAUAGGUAUCCCUCUGGGACCACGCAAGAAGAUCAUGGAUGGGGUCCAGCGAAGGAAGCAGGUGAUAGAAAGACCCUCUACCAUGGGAGACACUGAGUUAUAAUAGAGUGUACAGAGCAGGACCCCAGACUUCCUAAUGGCCACUCAUCGGGUUAAUGACUGUCAUGCUCCUUCCAUGCCAUAACCAGUGCCACUUUAGGGGAAGCUGCCCCAAACCUCACUGUUUUUUUUUCUGCUGCCAAGACUACCUAAACCUUCCCGUAUGUGAGGCACAGGGGAGAUGUAGUUCUUCUUGUGAAAAAGCUGAGAGGCAGAAUCAGGUGAUGCUGAGUCUGUCUCAACCACCAUGACCCUUUCUGGACAUGGACACUUCAGUUGGCUCAACAUCAUCUCUUCUGGACAUAGGCUCCUUCUGGAUACACUUCAUGAACCGUUAGUCUAAUGGCCAAAUGUAUUCAAAGUUCUAGAAAAAUAAAGUUAACUUGAUAUUGUUUCAA